ACAGUUGGAUCCUUUGUAGGCACCGUCAUGGUGGCCAUCACUGCUGAGGAGGGACAGGUGUCAGAGACAGAUGUGGGAAAGUGGGCAUUGGGCAGUGGAAACAGUGCCUUCACUCGUAUUUCCCCCAUGACUCCAAAGAAGGAUGAGGAGGAGCAGAGCACUCUGGUGGAGCAGUUGGCAGCACUGGGAGAGGCCCUGUCUGUGCUCACCACCUCCAUCAGCCAGCUGCAGCAACUGAAGGACAGAGAGCAGGAGCAGUUGCAGGAGACUGUUGCCAGCCUCCAGAGGGAACUCCACUCUCUGACUUGUAGGCACAUGUCAGAGGUGGCUGACCUGAGAGAGCAAGUAGCAAGUCUCCAGGCUCAGGUGGAGAAGGACACAGUGGCUCUGAAGCACAAGGCACAGGAGGAGAAAACAUUGAAAAAACUUUGCAGUGAGAUGGAUGAGAACAGAGAACUGUUUGAGCAGCACAGAUCUGAAAAUAAAGAGCUGCGCAGGGAAGUGUCUGAGCUGCGGCGUUCACUCCAGCAGGCGCGACUGGAAGGGCACGUCCUGAGGAAGGAGCUGUCCAGUAGCCAAUCUGGUGCCAGCAUGCCAGCCCUUGAGGAGAAGAUUCUGAUGCACAAGGAGGUGGAUAAGUUAAGGAGGAAUCUUGCUGAGGCUGAAGACAGUCGAAGCAAACUUCUGGAAAGGGCCAAGAGGCAUCAACUGGUGCAUGAAUCUAACCAGAGGAAACUAGAGUGUGAGCUGCUGGUCCUGGAUCAGAUGAUUGAGACUGUGAGAGAGACCCUGUCCUCUAUUCCAGCUGUGGUGAAGGAUUGUGAGAAACUUCAGAGACUUGUGGCUUAUCUUGGAUAAUGUAGAUAUGUUUUAUUUGCAUAAUUCAAUAUGUGUGU